AUGGCAACGUGGACCAUCACCAAAAUCGAGGCUGAAAACCGCUUCAAUGUAGUCACGUCGGGUGGAAUAACCAUUCCCUUGGGUAACCAGACAGUCUGGAAUAACACAGGCAGCUGGGUCGACGGCCCAACGGGCUCAACUCGACCCAAUGUUUUCUUGAACACCAUGCCCACUGCCACUGGCUUCUACAAGAUUAAUGUCCACGGAACAGCCCCGUUUUCUGCGAUCUGGAGAGGAAAAUCCUACGUCGUCGCGGGACAUGUCGGUGGAAGACUUGCCUUGAUUAGCCCCUUGGUCCCAGUCCCUGCGACUGGUAACGCGGUGGCUGUGAAUGGUUUGUAUCUUAUGGCGCCUGACUUUAAAACUAGACAAGUGGUUAUCCCAUUCAGGUACGGUGGCGACUUUAGUUGGCAACUUUGGCUCUGGAAUGGCAAGGAAUAUAUCGCCAGCAUGGCUCCGAGCACGACAACUCGCCUCGAGCUCUGCUGGGCGCGGGCAACCGCUCCCACGGGUCCCGUCACGGCGCCCUCGCCUACCGUACGAACCAGAGUUGACAUGACGCCUGGCUAUCCCAUCUUGUUGUGGCGUCUCUUUGCACCAAACCCGUCCGAAUUACCAGCCGCAGCCAGCCAAGAUGUCGCGUUUUAUAUUCAUCGAGCAGUUGUCAACGUGAUUUGGAACGCCAGCUUGACAACGCCCAGGUACGAUACGUCUCGUGGAAUGGCUUACUAUGGAGUUUCGGGCUACGGUGGUGGCUUCAAACUCAAGGAAUGGUUUGAUACACUCUAUCCAAGAUGCAACUGCUACGAUCUGGCUGGGAUUUCGCAGCUUGCUUUGUCCAUGUUGAUGGAUGCAAACGGCGCUGAGUUGACCGACUCCCAUUGGGUCUUCCAAUCGCCCAAUGGCUUCAUUAACCCUGGGCCCCUCAUUAGGUGGGUGGCAUCUGGAGGGGACAAUCUGCGGUGCAACACGCCUUUCUGGGAGUCGGCAGGUACCGCACCUUAUGUGCCCCCCACCGCGAGCAACAGGACUAGCUUCGGAAACCACGCUUGGGUCGAGGUGACGCGGAGCGGAGUCACAACGGUUGUCGAUGCAACACACGCACUUCAGGCCCCGACGCCGACGCCACCAGCCGGCACCCAAACCCGCCAGGAUUAUAUUACUGCCACCCUGGAUCCCGCCAGACCACGUGGCAACGCCCAAGCAAAAACGACGGCCAAUCCUUCUGGGAGUUGUUCCCUCAACCCAUCCACGAGUCUACAACGCAUUGGCGUCUACAACCCGUGGGGAAGACCUGCCCCUCUCUCCGCCAUGAUCCCCGAGGAGCUUGCCAAGGAGAUCGAGACCCUGGUGGAAAAGGGCAAGGUACCGGAUGCAGCCAAGCCGGAAUUCAAUCGGGUCGACGUGCAGGACGCAACCCUCCGCAGUGCCGUGAGCAAGAAUCUUGCCGCUGCCGGCACCACCACAUCCGUCUUCGAGACGUCCUCUCACACCACCUACGCCUUCCGCCACGGCAGUGACACAGCUACCGUGACAAUUGACGCCUUCGAGGACUUCGAGGGCCCCAUGCACGCCCUCGUCUCCCUCCUAGCGAGCAUCCAGAUCCAUCCGCUAUCGGCUGUCGUCCAUACGGACGGGCCGCGCCUCGGCGCCUACAGCUUCCGCACCGCCACAAGCGCUUUCUGGAUCCGCGGCAACCUGUUCAUCCACGCCCAGUACUUCUCCAGCGAGCCCGAGCCCAAGCUCGAGCUAGAGGUUGACAUCUCCGCCCUCGCGGCCGACAUCGAUGCGCAGCUGGCCUCUCGCGAGGCGGCCCCUCACCUGCCGACCGGCAUCAAGCCUGACUGGGCCAGCCUGCCAGAUGUGGUGCAUAUCGGCAAAGAGCUGCGUGUUGCCGUGGACACGGAUCGGUUUGCCUCCAUGACGUCGUUUAGCGACAACAUCGAAGUGCUGGUGCCGCGAGGCCCGCCAGACGAGGAGGGCAGGUUCGUUUUCUACGCCCGAGCCGCGGGCAAGGCCAAGGCCACCAUUGCCGGGGCUGCAAAGGGGUCGCUGCAGCCGCUCCAUACCUCCUUUGAUAUCACUGUCGCAGUCGAGCAUCCCGGCACGACGUCUGUCGAAGCUGUCGAGGCGCCCCCGGGCGACCUUCCUCCUAUGGUGCCCGAUUUGCCUAGCCAGGAGUAG